AAAAUUUAAAAAAAGCACUAGAAUUGUACCUGGCAAGUACUCUACCUGUACCUCUCAACCUCCUCCUUCUCCUCAAUAUCAUCACCUUUCCAUGUCUCCCUCUUCUCUCUCUCUUCACUAUAUAUUCCCAUUCUCUCCCUAAUCUUCCCUCUCAAACACUCGCUUCUCCUCUCUCACUCUUACUCACCGGACCACUUCUUCAUUCACCGGAGCAUUUUUUCACUCACCGGAGCACUGUUUUCUCCUGGCUUUCAAGACUACAAUGAAGCAACUAAUCCGCCGUCUCUCACGCGUCGCCGAUUCUUCUCAGUACAGCCUCCUCCGGUCCGAUUCACAAACAGCGCGGAGAUGUGCGAGAUCGACGACGCGUAGAGGUGACUCGUUUAGAGCGGCGAGAAGAGCCGGCGGUGGUAAACCGGUACCGGAAGGUCAUUUACCGGUUUUUGUUGGCGAUGAAAUGGAGCGGUUUGUUGUGAGUGCGGAGCUUCUUAACCAUCCGGUUUUCAUCGGACUUCUUAAUAAAUCUGCUCAAGAGUACGGUUACGAUCAAAAAGGCGUGCUGAGAAUUCCGUGUCACGUGCUUGUUUUUGAGCGAGUUAUGGAAGCGGUUCGACUCGGUCUCGACUCACGUGACCUGGAAGAUCUUUUAGGGUCUUUGUUCGCCGGAGAUUAUUUGUAGCUUUUUACAGUCACCACACUUAAAAAAAAAAAAACUGGAUCCUUGAGAUUUACAUAGAGAUCCUUUUUAGUUUUGUUUGUAAUGGUGUAAAUAUCUCUUUGUUUAUGAACAUCUUAGUCACUUGAAGGUUAAAAGAGUCUUUUUCCUCUUCUUCUUCUUCACGGCUUUUUUUAGUCCAUUUUUGUAAAAUCAGUAACUAGUGAAAGCUUAAACGGAAGUUUACAAGUGCCAGCUGGUUUUUUUUUGUACUAAUUUUAUUAUUUGAAAUGGAAAAAUUGCUGAUUUUA